AUGGUGGAUGAUUCGAGCGUUGAUGCGAAAUCACCGGUGAAGAAGGACAAACGGAAUUAUCUCUGCCAGUAUUGCGGAAUCAGCAGAUCGAAAAAGUACCUCAUCACUUCGCACAUCAAUUCUCAGCAUCAGAUGGAAGUUGAAGAGGAGAGAGCUGAAGAAGCUUGUGAGGUUGAAGAAGAAGGCUCUGGGAAACAUACUUGCCCGGAGUGUAACGCUGAGUUUAAGAAACCUGCUCACUUGAAGCAGCAUAUGCAGAGCCAUUCUCUCGAGAGGCCUUUUGCUUGCUAUGUUGAUGAUUGUACUGCUAGCUACAGGAGGAAAGAUCAUCUCAACAGGCAUGUUCUUACACAUAAAGGGAAGCUCUUCAAGUGUCCAAUGGAGAAUUGCAAGAGUGAAUUCUCGGUUCAUGGGAAUAUCAGUAGGCAUGUUAAGAACUAUCAUAGUGAUGGAGAUGGUGGUAAGGAUGAUGAUUCUGGCGAGGACGUUACUGUUAAUGGCGAUUCUCAAACCUCGGAGUGUUCAUCUGGUGAGAAGCAGCAUGUGUGCAAAGAAGUUGGUUGUGGAAAGGCCUUUAAGUACGCUUCACGGCUUCAAAAGCAUCAGGAUUCUCAUGUGAAACUAGACUCGGUGGAGGCGUUUUGCUCUGAACCUGGGUGUAUGAAGUACUUUACAAACGAUGAAUGUCUCAAGGCACACAUAAGAUCAAGCCAUCAGCACAUCAACUGCGACGUGUGUGGCUCUAAGCAUUUGAAGAAGAACAUCAAGAGACACCUACGGACUCAUGAGGAAGAUUCCUCGCCAGGAGAGUUCAAGUGUGAAGUUGAAGGUUGCUCUUCCACAUUCUCAAAGGCUUCGAAUCUUCAGAAGCAUGUGAAAGCAGUGCAUGAAGAUAUACGUCCGUUUCUAUGUGGAUUUCCAGGUUGUGGGAUGAGAUUUGCUUACAAACAUGUUAGAAACAACCAUGAGAACUCCGGGAGUCACGUAUACACCUGCGGUGACUUUGUUGAGACCGAUGAAGAUUUCACGUCGAGGCCAAGAGGUGGGCUAAAGAGAAAGCAUUUUACAGUGGAGAUGCUGGUGCGGAAGAGAGUCAUGCCUCCUCAGUUUGUUUCAGAAUAA